UCAUACAGGAAACUGUGAGUAUUUGUUUGAUGUACCAUUACACAGGGUUGUCAGCACAAACACUGCCCCCUGUCUCUUGGCUAAAAAAUUGAGGAUCUGUACUAAAAUCACUUCUAUAUGUAUAUAUGUAUGUAUGUAUAAAUGUGUGUUUGUGUGUGCUUGUGAGCAGGGUGUCUAUCCUGGGGGACAACUACAAUUUUUCCACAACUGAUUUCACCCCAGCUGAUGUGUAUAGCUCCAUAAAAGUGUAUCUGAACAGCAGCGAUGGCAGCCCCCGCUGCUAUAACUCCUCAGAUCCUCUUCUGAACUCCACCGCCUGGUUUGCUGACAACAUCGGAUUCUUCAUCACUUUCAUUAACCUCGCUGACCUGCAGUCAUUCCUAACAGGAAACAUGACGAGUGCGUUCCUGCAGAACGCAGAAAAUCUUCAGCUGUUCAACAACUCAGGAAUUUCAGCCAGUGUCCUGGAGUACUACACAACAGAGUUAUACAUCCAGAAUCCUGACUUCAGCCCACUCGGUUUGCCAGCUGAGCUGCUGUGUCGAACUCCUUCCUCCAUGUUUGUUCACCUUGGAGAUGCAGACAUCAAGACCAUCCUGACGAGCAUCAACAACUUCUGCACAGAAAUGAAUCCAGAGGUCACAGCGGUGCUGGUAGCAAAGUUCCCCAAUGUAUCUGCAUCCACCAUCCAAUCUUUGGGCAGCCAGUGUGUGGGCCUGACUGUGGGCCAGAUAAGCUCCACCCCCUCCAGUGUGAUAAACAGUGCUCUGUCUACACUCAGUAACAUCAGUGGCUGGGACCAGGGCCAAGUGAAUGCCCUGAUCCAGAGCAUCAUUAGUGCGGGCUUUAAUAUCAGCAGUGCCUCCUCUCUGGAGUCCCUGGGAACACUCCUCGGUGGCGUUCCCUCUGCAACCAUCUCCAUCAUCCCAUCGUCUCAGCUUCUGUCUUUAUCGCAGAAUCCAGCAUUCAUCAAUAACAUUCUGUCAGCACCAGUUAUUCUGCAAAAGACAUUUGUCCAGAAGGUAAUCUCUGUAGACCAAACUGAAGUGCUACAGAAUGUUCCGGAUGCACUCGUGAUGUAUAUUCCACUUGUUCUACUGACCUCACUGAGCUCUGUUGACGUUUCACUCAUCAAUAACAAGAGCUGGAGUCACGAACAGGCUAUGAUGUUGUUUGGUGCAGUGGCCAAUGCCAGUGAUAAUCCAGAAGACCUGUCAGCAUCAAUACUGCAGGGAUUUACCUGCAGCUCACUUCAGACUCUCCCACAGCAGAAAGCCAAAGAUCUAGUCAAAGCCUGUAGACCACGUGCAGGCAGAGACAAGGUCCUCCUGAAAGAGGCUCAGCUGACCUGCAUGUACAACUACGUGAAAGACGAUCCAUUUGUUAGCUUUACUGACGUCCCCUCUGAUAUGCUUCUGUACUACAGCUAUGAGAAGAUACAGAAGGAGAACUGCCAGUCAUAUUUCAGUGCCGUGGGCAGAGCAGAUUUCUCCGUUCUUUCCCACGGCCUUGACAAAAAGACCAUCCUGUUCAAUGAUGCAAAGGACUGCCUGGGUAUAUCUGGUGUGAGCCUGACCAGUUAUCAGGUGGAGGUUCUGGGGAAUAUGGCCUGCACACUGGACUCCUCCUACAUCCAGAACUCUCACCCUCUCAUGUUGGAGAAACUGAAGAACUGUGGAGAUCUUUCUGAUUCUCAGAUCACUGCUGUACAGUCUUUGCUCCUCAGUGGGAACACCGCUUAUGGUAAUCCCUCAACGUGGAAUGAGCAGACCGUGGAGCAAAUCGGCAUCCUGGCUGUCUAUUUCAAAUCAGACCUCUGCAACGCACUUAGCUUUAAUGUAAGGAGGAAGUUCUUUUCAGUCCUGAGGAAGCAGAAGAUCCCGAUGAAGAAGCUGAGGACAUUCUUUACAGAAUGCAACUCAGAAAGUGCUACAGUGAGCAACAUCACAGCGGUGACAAUUGCAGAUGCGUCGUUUCCUUUCGGCUUUAACUCCACCCAGUUUGAUCUGUAUCUGGACAUCGCUGUCCUGCAGAACAACCUGGCAGCCAUCACUGAGAAAGUGGUGGACACCAGCCUCCAGACCGUCAUUCUGAACAAGUUAAACCAGAUUUACCCAUCAGGCCUUACUGAUGGUGUGCUGCAGCUACUGGGAUCCGCUUCUCGUGUGGCCACUAUUGAUGACAUUAGCAAGUGGAACAUUACCAUAAUUGACACACUGUCUUCUUUGAUAGACUCAAAUGAUGGACUCUGGGAACCAGAAAAGGUAAUAGAAGGGUGUGUGUGUGUGUGUGUGUGUGUGUGUGUGUGUGUGUGUGUGUGUGUGUGUGAGACCUGUAAAAAAUUUUUUGGAUUGAUUACUACUGUGGGUACAACCACAGUGUUGUCUUCAUGUGUAUUACAACCAAUUUGUGAAUUAAGACCAUGUUUUCAACACCUCUGGGAGAAACAGAGAAAGAGAUUGAGAUCGUCUGAGAUCCUUCAAAGAAAGUGAGACAAUAUCUGCCAUCCUUCAUAGAGGGUGAGAGGGAUUAUCUCUGAUCCUUCAGAGAGAGGGAGAGAGAGCGUCUCUGAUCCUUCAGAGAGAGAGAGAGAGAGAGAGAGAGAGAGAGAGAGAGAGAGAGAGAGAGAAAUUUUAGUAUGAAGGGAAGUGUUUACAUUUCCUACAGUUGGUGUAGAAGAAGAAGGUGGAGCUCCAGGUCUGGUCUUUAUCUUAAACUUAAAGUAUGUCAGAGCUUGUUUAAACCAGUAA